GGCCGGACCUCUCAAGCCUGAAGCCUCUCCAGAGCGCCCACCGUCCCGAGAUCAUCCCGAGCGCGAGAAGAAGCGUGCCAGUGAGUCUCCAGCCUCGUCCUUUGUUGCACCACGUCCCCCUCCCAUCCACACACGAUGGUGUAGACUGACACAUCCGUCCAAUCCACAGGGACGCAGUCGAUGCCCCCACCAGAGUUGCCAAAACUCAUCGCCGACCAACAUGUGCCCAUCGCCAAUAACGACAAGGACACGCAGCGCAUGAUCGUCGUACUCUGCAAUGCCACUCUCGAGACAUACAAGGCCUCGCACGGUGGCGGCCGGGGACCGGGCGCUAGAGAGGACAAGUACAACUUGCUCAACAGCGACGACCACAUUGGAGUGAUGAGGAAGAUGGGGCGCGAUAUCAGCGAGGCCCGUCCCGACAUCACCCACCAGUGUCUGCUCACCCUGCUCGACUCGCCAAUCAACAAGGCGGGAAAACUCCAGAUCUACAUCCAGACCGCGCACAACGUCCUCAUCCGCGUCAGCCCGACAGUCCGCAUUCCGCGAACCUUCAAACGAUUCGCUGGUCUCAUGGUGCAGCUGCUCCACCGACACCAGAUUCGCUCAACCUCGUCCCAGGAGAAACUAAUUGAGGUGAUCAAGAAUCCCAUCACGGAUCAUCUCCCACCCAACUGCCGCAAGGUCACGCUCAGCUUCGACUCAGAAGUCGUGCGCGUGAGCGACUAUAUCUCCGGCCUUGGCAAGGACGAGAGUAUAGCAGUCUUCGUUGGAGCCAUGGCCAAGGGAAGCGACGACUUUGCAGACAGCAUCAAGGACGACAGCAUCGCCAUCAGCCAGUUCAAUCUCAGUGCCAGUGUUGCGUGCAGCAAGUUCUGCCAUGCAGCAGAGGACGUCUGGGGAAUCUUCUAGAUGAGCCAUCAGCCAGGACUUUCGCCAAUUCACGUCGGCCAUGCCGUCUAGUCUACGCGCGACUAUUGGUUCGCCAUUUCUGAGUUGAACAUCAAGAGGAGGACACAAGUGGCACGGGAUCCUUAGGCAGCAGGACACGCACAUUGGCUUAGAUCGCAACAUCGACAGCCUGUGCGCUACUGCUAUCGUUUUUGAGCGUCUGCUUGAGGUUUUUUUACAACAAAACAAUACUCUGGCUCAACGCACUAAAACUGUUCUCAUUGUAGAACCCGUGGAGCAUUUCAACCUGCUCCACACUUCCUGUGUUUCCUUUUUCCGUCCUCUCGCGCCACACUCGACAUGUGUGCAACUUGUAGGUCUCUUCUUGUUACUGGCUAUCACCAUAAAGGCUCAUGAUGGCCU